AUGGCCAGCACCAGUGAGACCGACUUUGGCUAUGCGCCCCAGAAAAAGGUCACCACUUAUGGCAAACUUGCACGAAGAAGACCCAAAGCUUCCGCCGUUGGCACCCUCAGGCAUGCCGAGUCUGCGCCCAUCGUUCCCAGCGUGUCCUCUCUCAACAAGUCACCCAUGACCUCACCUGAGCCUUCGCCUGCGCCUGCCUCUGCCUCUGCCUCCCGCACCCUCGUUUCCAGCAAGGGGAAAUUACAAAACAUACGUAAAGCUGGCCGUGACGCAUCUUCGAAACCUUCCGAUGUCUCUCACAGUCAGCCCCUACCUGAUCCUUACGAUAUCUACGCCAUUGAAGAUGAACCUGAAGAGGACACUCGGCCCAAGAAGAGGAGGCUAGCUCGUGUGCAGUCAGAAAGGACGAGCAAGACCUCGCUUCCCUACUCAACACCAGAAUUAUCCCCUGAAAAGGCACCCUCUCCUGAACCUGUCACUCGGCGAUCGGACCCGAAAGAUAGAUCCUCGGUGGUCCCCAGAUCUCGACAGACACCUGAGCGAGAUGUCCAUAUGCAGGAUGCCCCACCGCCCGCUGCGCCUCUCUUCUCAGUGAAGACCACCAAGAUCUUGAAGAACCUAAGCGUUGGUACAAAAAAUAAAUCCUCCAAGAAGCCCGAGCCCGAGAAGACGCAGAUUCCAAUACGCCUUUCCGGUCCACGAUCAUCCUCCUCGAAGCCUCUGCCUCCGAUCGAAAUUGAACCUACAUCUCUGCCCACCUCAGCACCCGAACCGAUCCCCCAAAGUCAGCCAGGAAAGGCUCCGAAGAAGAGGCGGUUAAUUGACACCCUGGUCGAACAGGCAGAUGAAGAAAGUGAAUCAGAAGAGGACGCAUUCUCGUCGCAAGACUCACACAUCUCCAAAACCAGACGUUCUCCAGCCCUGCGGGACUCUAGUCCAGAACCCGCAGACAAGGGAAGAACUAUGGCGCGUCCGGUAUUGACAGCCAGGAAGUCGGGACCCAAGUUUACCUACAGCCAGCAGAGGUCCAUGCUGGCGGAAGAGGACCCGUUGUUUGGCAGCGGCGGUUUGGGCGGUGGUCUGGACGACAUGUCGUCCAAGGGCGCAUUAUUCAACAUUGGGCGGCUCACCAAAAGCGCCGCCCUCAGCAAGUUUGCUUACCUCGACGAAGAAGAAGAGUUGGGGAACAGCGGCGCUGUUCAGAGUAUCCACGAAUUGCGACAGGCAGGUGCAAAUAGUCGAUUUGCUGAUGAGAUGGGUGAUAUCGUUGAUCGCAUCGGCGUUCCGUCACCAAAGGCUUCAUCUUUGCGCAAAGGCGCGUUGCUGGAGCUGGCGCAGAAGAUGAAGACCAAGGAGUUUCGGCGCCAGUUUCGGGAUCACAGCGGGGAUGAGGCUCUGUUCCGGUCGCUGGGGGAGGAGACUGACCUUGUGUGUGGGUAUUCUAUCCUGGCCAUCGUCGCUACACUUUUGGCGGCGUCGCCUUCGGCGCAUCUUAUUCAGCAGUUACGAUCGCAGGGUUUUGCUGCACUUCUCAAGCGGCUGCUUGAUCAGGAAGAAGAUAUCAGUCGGCUGGUGAGGGACAGGAAGCACAACGUUUCGAAAAAUAUGCAAACUACUUUGGGGACGGUGAAAGCUUCUGUUCUUGAGCUUCCGGCGUGGAAACCAGCGCCGCCGGGCUCGUUGUCGCCGCGGACACUGGCGCUGAAGUGUCUGGAGCUUUUGCUUAGGCAGUCGACGCGGGUGUCGGAGGAUGAGUUUUUUUCGCCUGCUAUCACUGAUCUUUUAUUCGGUUACCUUAAGGACGGGACGUCUAACCCGGACAGCUGGGGUUUUCCUGGCCACGCAAACUCGUGGGAUUUUGCGCUCUCUCUCCACGUAGUAGAAGGGCUCUCUCUCGACGCGAUGCAGUCUUCCCGUCUCAGUGCGAGGUGGACGAGGAAAUACGCGCCGAUCGUGGCGGACUUGCUGGACGGGGCGCUGAGCAGGCCGGUGGAGGGGUUUGGCGACGAGCUGGAGGGGUUGGUGCUGAGGACGUCGAUUAACGUCACGAAUCACAACCCUGACGCGUGCCGGUUGUUUGUCGAGAGGGGGCUGCUGGGGAGGUUGGCGAGGGGGGCGUGGGGCGCGUUUGGGAUGGUGAUGAAGGUGGAGGUGAAGGUGAAGGAGGAGGGGGGGUUUAGGGGACGGGGGCUGCUGGAUGGGCUGAUUAUCAUGCUGGGGGUGAUGAUUAAUUUCUGUGUUUACUACCCGCCUGCGGGUGAGACGCUGGCUGGGGAGGGAGGGUUGGAGGGGUUGAUUGGGGUUUUUGCUGAUAAUCAUUUGAAGAUGGCGGAUAAGACGCAGUUGAAUGUGGCGCUGGGGUAUUUGAGCAUACUAUUGGGGUAUCUGUGUCUGCACGAGCCGAUCAAGGAAAGGUUUGUGAGGGUGCACCCCAAGAAGAGCUUGCAGCCGCUGCUGGAUUCGGUCAAUGAGUUUAUUGCGCUGCAUAUCAAGGCGGCGGGAGUGAAUGGGGAGGGGGGGGAAGGGGGGGGUUCGAUUGAGAGGUUGAAGGGGUUGAGUGAGCAGUUGGCUGCGAGGAAUUAUUGA